AUGCCACAAGCCAGUGCCAAGAAGAGGGAGCUGAUACAGAACCUGCAUCCUGUGGUCCAGCCUGUGCAAGAUGACCCUGGAGACCCAUGGCACCAACCCAGGCCCCUGGCAGAGGCCGUGGCACUAAUCUCCUCUUCCCCACUUCAGAAUGUAGCCUUUCCGUGUCCCCUGGGGCAGCUGUGGCCCAGUGAGCCUUCUCCAGAUGUCAGGGCCCUGGCCACCUUGUGCAAGAGGGAGGCAGCUGCUCACCGGGCUCAGUGUGGUGCCUUGGCCUGGCAGCCGCCCUGGGAGAACGGCAGCGGCUCUGUUUCCACCGUGGUGGCAGCACGCCAUUGCCAUGAUGGUGGUGGUGGUGGUGGUGGUGGUGACUUUUUCUCUCCGCAGAACUGUCUCAACAAACAGCAGCUCCUCACGGCCAUCCGCCAGCUGCAGCAGGUGCUGAAGGGCCAGGAGACGCGCUUCGCAGAGGGCAUCCGCAACAUGAAGAACCGGCUGGCUGCACUGCAGAACUCUGUGAACAGAGUGGGCCCAGACACCCCCCCAGUUUCCUGCCCUGCUCUGAACGCCCCUCUGGAUGGCAGAAAGUUUGGAAGCAAGUACUUAGUGGAUCACGAAGUCCAUUUUACCUGCAACCCUGGCUUCCGGCUGGUUGGGCCCAGCAGCGUGGUGUGCCUUCCCAACGGCACCUGGACGGGGGAGCAGCCCCACUGCAGAGACAUGAGCGAAUGCUCCAGCCAGCCUUGUCAGAAUGGCGGCACGUGUGUAGAAGGAGUCAACCAGUACAAAUGCAUCUGUCCUCCCGGGAAGACGGGGAGCCACUGUCAGCACCAGGCCCAGACAGCCGCCCCGGACGGCAGCGUGGCCGGCGACCCCGCCUUCAGCCGCGCGCCGCGCUGUGCGCAGGUGGAGCGGGCGCAGCACUGCAGCUGCGAGGCCGGAUUCCACCUGAGCGGCGCCGCCGCGGGCGACAGCGUCUGCCAGGAUGUGAAUGAAUGCGAGCUCUACGGGCAGGAGGGACGCCCCCGGCUCUGCAUGCACACCUGUGUGAACACCCCGGGUUCCUACCGCUGUGCCUGCCCCAGCGGGUACCGGACCAUGGCCGACGGGAAGAGCUGUGAGGACGUCGAUGAGUGUGUGAGCCCCCAGCACGUGUGUCCCCGGGGAACCAUGUGCAUCAACACCGGUGGAGGCUUCCAGUGCGUCAGCCCGGAGUGCCCCGAGGGCAGCGGCAACGUGAGCUACGUGAAGACGUCUCCGUUCCAGUGUGAGCGAAACCCCUGCCCCAUGGAGAGCAGACCUUGCCGUCACUUGCCCAAGACCAUCUCCUUCCAUUACCUUUCUCUGCCCUCCAACCUGAAGACGCCCAUCACGCUCUUCCGCAUGGCUACGGCCUCAGCCCCCGGCCGACCCGGACCCAACAGCCUGCGGUUUGGGAUCGUGGGUGGGAACAGCCGAGGCCACUUUGUGAUGCAGCGCUCAGACCGGCAGACAGGGGAGCUGAUCCUCGUCCAGACUCUGGAGGGGCCUCAGACGCUAGAGGUGGACGUCGACAUGUCAGAAUACCUGGACCGCUCCUUCCAGGCCAACCAUGUGUCCAAGGUCACCAUCUUUGUGUCCCCUUAUGACUUCUAAGGCAGCUGUGGGAUCACUGCGGUGCAGAGAUCUGGGCUCAUCUCUCUUCCUCAGAGAUUCAGCUGUGGGCCCUGACUGCGACAGACCUCUCUCCCCACCCUGCCCUGCCCCUGCCCUGUCCCUGCCCUGUCCCUGCCCACCUGCCCACCUGCCUGUGCCCCCAGGUUUCUAGGGCACCGCGCACACUCCUCCAUGGAGUGGCACAGAAGGGCAGCCACGGGACCCAGACUGCUGCCAUCACCGUUUUCUUUCUGCUUUAAGCUCUUCCUGUAGAUUAUGCACUAACCUUCUCAAGUCUUUUUUACAGGGAAAUGGGCGGUUUUUCAAAAUGCUGGGUGAAUGGCUUUGUGAGUUUGAACCAGCUGGGGAGGGAAAAGCUUAUGAUAUGUGUCUGAGAUGACUGUCAGCCCUCUGCAUUGUUGUAGUCAAGCCUCUAGCAUGCUGAGGGCCGGAUCAUGCCCCUGCACGUGUGGGCAUAGGGACUGGGUCUCCUGCCACAGCCCGGCGUAUUGUUCUUGUCUGCAUUCCCUUCUGUGACAUGCCUGCCAGGCUUCUCAUCAGAAACCCGUGGCAGGGCCUGGAACCCCUGUGCAGAUUCUCCUAGACCAAGGAACCAACAUUAAAGCAUAAGUUCUGCCUGAAGUAAUUCCCUUUUGAGAACUCGUAUCUCAGAACAUAACCUGGUAUUAUAACAGAAGAAAUAAAGUCUGUUGCUCCUACGUGCCCACCUGGCUGUUCCUGAACACGAGUUAGCCCAGUUCCUUCUAGGAAGGGAUACCUGGCUCUC